GUUUAUUACCUGGACGACGAGGACCGCGCAGUGUUGUCCUGACGACCGUGGCUGGGUCUCUGCAGACUAGAGCCAUGGGCAGCAAGAAGAAGGACAUUGCCCUGCAGGUUAACAUCAGCACCCAGGAGCUUUGGGAGGAAAUGCUCAGUUCCAAAGGACUAACUGUUGUCGACGUCUAUCAAGGCUGGUGUGGGCCCUGCAAGCCCAUGGUGAGCCUCUUCCAGAAGAUGAGGAUUGAGGUUGGCCUAGACCUUCUGCACUUUGCACUAGCAGAAGCAGAUUGUCUUGAUGUCCUUGAAAAAUACCGAGGGAAGUGCGAGCCGACCUUUCUGUUUUAUGCAGGUGGAGAACUGGUGGCGGUGGUGAGGGGAGCUAACGCCCCGCUGCUGCAGAAAACCAUCCGAGAGCAGCUGGAGGCUGAAAAGAAGGUGCUGGCCGAAGGCUGUGAGCGGCAAGUGAUUAGAGACGAGGCUCUGUCUGAGGAGGACGGAUGCCUCUCCCAUGACAAGGACAAUGGUGAAGAGGAGGACGUGGCUUCAUCAGGGAAGACCUGCACGUUGGCCAUCAUUAAGCCAGAUGCAGUGGUCCACGGAAAGACUGAUGAGAUUAUUAUGAAGAUCCACGAAGCUGGUUUUGACAUUUUAGCAAAUGAAGAGAGAACCAUGACAGAGGCAGAAAUGCGACUUUUCUAUCAACACAAAGCUGGAGAGGAGGCAUUUGAGAAGCUGGUAUAUCACAUGUGCAGUGGACCAAGCCACCUCCUGAUACUCACCAGGCCUGAGGGCACUGAGGACGUGAUCGCUUCCUGGCGAAUGCUCAUGGGGCCCUGUGACCCUGAUGUGGCAAGGAGGGAGCAGCCUGACAGUCUCCGCGCUCAGUUCGGCACAGAAAUGCCCUUUAACGCAGUCCACGGAAGCCAGGACAGAGACGCCGCCAGCCGAGAACUGGCAUUGCUCUUCCCCACGUUUAAGUUUUCAGACGAAGUUCUGGAAGCCUCUCUGGGUCAUGGGGCUGAAGGAGCGGUGGGCCCCACUGAGGCAUGUCGCUUUGCUGAGGACAUGGACUGAGAGAGAGGCUGGGCUGCUCUUCCGGAGCAUGUGACCAGGGGCAAGGACACGAGAUGGAAUGUCAGUGCACUUGAAUCAGCUGCACAUAGGAAAGCUCCAGAAUUGGAACUUACUCUUUUCAGCACCAACACUUUUUUGGUUUAGCUAUGUCUCAUGAACAAUAAAAAUAGUAUCUACUUUCUUGCCUUAUUAAACAGUAUAUAGAACAUAUAGGUUUUUUGUUUUUGUUUUUUGCUACCUCUGGGAUUUUAUAAAAUAAAUGGACAUCUGUUAUUAUACCCUGGUGUGAUAUGGUGUCAUCUCAGGGGAUACUGAGUUACAUAGGACAAUGUUUCCCCAAUAAUAAAUCUAUUUUAUGGAUUAAACAAGUUUAGAGUUCAAGUUAGUAACUAUGAACUUGAAAACAGUGCAAAAAGAUUGGCUAUAACACUUCCAGGCAUAUGGAAGUGGAGGCAGAUAGAAAUUGGCUUUGAUCUUCCUGCUGCCGACCCAGUCACGGGAGCAGUCCUGCAAUGCUGCCCAGUUGACCACCUGAGGUUCUCCAUGAAUCAGGUCAUGUUCAUAAAGAAAUGUUUGGGAGUUACACUGGAACCAGGGUUCAUCUGAU